GAGCAAGUUGUGCUUUGCACAUAUUCCUCCUCCCCUGAUCUAAUAGCCAGCCCUCCUGUGUCUUCUAGGAAAGCUAUUGCCAAGUCCAGCCUCCAGCACAUGGUAGCCCAGCCAAACCCUGUGCUAGCCCUGAGGAGCGACUCGGAGAGGCAGAUACGCAGCGCUGUGGACUGGAGCGAGACUGCGGUCUAUGGGGAGCACAUCUGGUUUGAGUCCAAUGUCUCUGGGGACUUCUGCUAUGUCGGGGAGCAGAACUGUAUGGCAAAGCUGCUGCAAAAACCUCUCUCCAGGCGUAAGUGUGCAGCCUGCAAAAUCGUAGUGCAUACGCCCUGCAUCGAACAGCUGGAGAAAAUAAAUUUCCGCUGCAAACCUUCCUUCAGGGAGUCAGGAUCCCGGAACGUACGGGAGCCCAUCGUUGUCCGGCAUCACUGGGUACAUCGGAGGCGGCAGGAAGGGAAAUGCCGGCAGUGUGGCAAGGGUUUCCAGCAGAAGUUUGCCUUCCACAGUAAAGAGAUUGUUGCCAUCAGCUGUUCCUGGUGCAAGCAAGCGUAUCACAGCAAAGUGUCCUGCUUCAUGCUGCAACACAUCGAAGAGCCCUGCUCGCUGGGGGCUCACGCUGCUGUCGUCAUUCCUCCCACCUGGAUUCUGCGGGUCCGGCGGCCCCAGAAUCCACUGAAAUCUAGUAAGAAGAAGAAGAGGACAUCGUUCAAGCGGAAAUCCAGCAAAAAGGGGGCUGAGGAAGGGAGAUGGAAACCCUUUGUCAUCAAGCCCAUGCCAGCUCCUCUCAUGAAGCCCUUGCUGGUGUUUGUGAACCCCAAGAGCGGUGGGAAUCAGGGAGCCAAGAUCAUCCAAUCCUUCAUGUGGUAUCUCAACCCACGGCAAGUUUUCGAUCUCAGCCAGGGUGGACCCAAGGAGGCGCUGGAGCUCUACCGCAAGGUCCACAACCUCCGGAUCCUGGCGUGCGGGGGAGACGGCACGGUGGGCUGGAUACUCUCCAUUCUGGACCAGUUACGCCUCAACCCACCUCCUCCUGUGGCCAUCCUGCCUUUGGGGACAGGGAACGACUUGGCCAGAACGCUGAACUGGGGUGGGGGUUACACGGAUGAGCCUCUAUCCAAAAUCCUGUCGCACGUGGAAGAGGGGGACAUUGUGCAGCUCGAUCGCUGGAACCUCCACGUGGAGCCAAACCCUGACGCGAACCCUGAGGACAAGGAUGAGGCAGCCACCGACAAGCUCCCUUUAGACGUCUUCAAUAACUACUUCAGCCUCGGCUUUGAUGCACGGGUGACGCUGGAGUUCCACGAAUCCCGAGAGGCCAACCCAGAGAAGUUCAACAGCCGGUUUCGGAAUAAAAUGUUCUACGCUGGG